CACAUCUGCCCGUACCUCCACUUCGCAUGCCUCUCUCCCCUUUCUCUACAUUCUGAGUUCAGCUCACUUUAGAUCCCACUUGCUCACGCCUCUGUUGAUCUUCGACAUCUCUGCAUCCCACAUCCGCCAAUCGCGUCAUGGCAUCAGACGCGGGACCUAGCGAAAUUGAGCCGCACCUCGCUCCGCCUGCGAGGGGAGAAGAGGAGGAAGAGUCUGAUUAUGCUGACAUAUUCGACGAGGAAGAUGACGACGACAUCGCACCCUCACUCGUCGCCGCCAAUCCGCACGACUAUACAAAGGCGUACAACCGUCAGCAAAAGCUCAACGACCCUUCCAUACCCGCCUCCGAGAAACCCAAAUCCAACCCCCAGAAACCGAGCGCAAAUACUCGUGCCUAUAUUGACGACCAGAUUGCCAGUCUGUCCAAGCAUGUAGGGAAGAUAAAGCUGGAUGCCCGGAUGGCGGGUGUGGGUGGUGGCGCGGCCAGGGAUAAGGAUAAAAGUGAUAGAGCGACGAGUGAGCAGGUGUUGGAUCCGCGGACGAGGAUGAUCCUGCUACAGCUCAUCAACCGGAACAUCGUAUCUGAGAUUCACGGUGUGAUAUCCACAGGAAAGGAGGCAAAUGUCUACCAUGCCAUUACUAUUCCUGAUGACAGCGAGGAUGCGGUGCAUCUACAUCGUGCGAUUAAGGUGUAUAAGACGGCCAUUUUGGUCUUCAAAGAUCGCGAUAAGUACGUCACGGGCGAAUUCCGCUUUAGGCAGGGGUACAACAAGAGCAAUAAUCGUGCCAUGGUGAAGGUGUGGGCAGAGAAAGAGAUGCGAAAUCUGAAGAGGCUGUACGCGGCAGGUAUUCCCUCGCCGCAACCCCUCUACCUCCGUCUCCACGUACUCGUCAUGGAGUUUUUAGGUGACAAGAAGGGCUGGCCUGCGCCUAGGCUAAAGGACGUGGUCUUCGAGGGUCUUGGGCCAGAGGAACUGGAGCAGAAAUGGAGGGCUCUGUACGUGCAGUUGCUGGGCUACAUGCGCAUCAUGUAUCAAGUCUGUCGUCUUGUGCACGCCGAUCUCAGCGAGUACAACCUAUUAUAUCACCUCGGCAAGCUGUACAUGAUCGAUGUGUCACAGUCCGUCGAACACGACCAUCCCGCUAGCUUGGAGUUUCUGCGCAAAGAUGUCAAGAAUGUCUCUGAUUUCUUCCGCUCCAGGAACGUGGAUGUUUUGAGCGAGAGGAAGGUGUUCAUGUUCAUCACGGUGCCCGAGGGGAGCAUCGAGAUGGACGACAUGGAGAAGGCCAUAGACGAGAUGUUUAAGGCGAGGGAAGGGCUGAGCGAGGAGGAUAAGCGGAAGGAAGAGGUAGACGAUGAGGUGUUCAGGGAGCAGUAUAUCCCGCAGACGUUGGAGCAGGUGUAUGAUAUCGAGCGAGAUGCUGAGCUGGUGGGUGAAGGAAAGGGCGAAGGACUGAUUUAUCAAGGCUUGCUGGCGGAUAAGAUUGUUGGUCAGAAGGGUGCAGAGGGAGAGGACGAAGAAGCAUCGACUGAUGCUGAAGAGGAGGACGAAGACGAGGGUGAUGAGGAAGGCGAUGAGAGCAGAUUUGACAAAGGGCCGUCGAGAGGAAAGCGGAACAUGGAUAAGGAUGCGAAGAGGGAGCAUAAAAAGGCAGUGAAGGAGGAAAAGCGCGAGAAGAGGAAGGACAAGAUGCCCAAGCAUCUGAAGAAGAAACUUGUGAGCCAGAGCUCCAGGAAGAAGUAGGAGAUUGCUAGCGAUCACCUGCUCUCUGUAAUGAUCGGAAUGCGUCGACUGCAAGAUUUAUCUGGACCAGUGAUUACGAUC